UUGUACACUGUACAAUAUACAUUCUCUAUCUCCCCUCUGUUUCCAAUUUCCCCUGCGCUUAAAUUUUCUGCUACGGUAUUAUCGUCGAAUGUACAAAAUAAUCGUGCAGUUGAUGCGAAUCGUCAAGGAAGAUUAGUUAAACUUCGAAUUGCAAUCGCGUGCCGGCACAGCGAGUUACCAGGCAAGAUUCUAGAGCCUUGGUAAUAAUUUAUUCAACCUUGACGGGCUCAUUUUGCAAAACAUAUCCUAAUCUUCACGAUGCAGCUGCAGUUUUAAAAAGGAUACGGAUGACAGUAGUAUUUGAUCAUAUCUAGGCAGCUGCGGAGUCUUUCCACUUCCAUCCUUAUUACAGCAAGACCCCGGAGGUUCUUGGACCAUAUAACGUGCAUUCGCCACCGCACGACUCUCAGUUUCAUUUCGGCAGGUGGAGAAUAACGUUUGGUUGUGUUCGCAUGCAGUUCGGUUUAUAAAAACGUCUUUACACUCCACUUCGAAACUUUAUACCGACGCAAAAGUAUGAGACCCCUGGCCAGAUUCGCCCUGCGGACCUUCGGUGGUCGGCAAAAUGGGAGAAAAGAUUGUCUUCAGCAGUGUUCGAGGGGCGUCAGUUCGCAGGAGGUUUUCAAACGGGAAUCCAAGCACGGGGCCCAUAACUACGCGCCGUUGCCCGUCGCCCUUACGAAAGCGGAAGGGAUUUGCAUGUGGGACGUCGAAGGGAAACGAUACUACGAUUUUUUAAGCGCCUAUUCAGCCGUCAACCAGGGACAUUGUCACCCCAAGAUCUACAAGGCGAUGGUCGAGCAGGCAAAAAUUCUGACCCUCACAUCUCGCGCAUUUUACUCAGACGCGUUGGGUGAAUUUGAGGAAUACAUCACGAACCUAUUCGGGUACGACAAAUGGUUGCCAAUGAACACGGGAGUGGAGGGUGGAGAGACAGCCUGCAAGUUGGCCCGGAAAUGGGGUUACUCCAACAAAGGAAUUCCCGAGAAUUCAGCGAAGAUCGUAUUCGCCGAGGGGAAUUUUUGGGGCAGGACCAUGAGCGCGAUUUCGUCCAGCACGGACCCGAGCAGCUAUAAAGGCUUCGGUCCGUACAUGCCCGGGUUCCAGGUGAUCCCCUACGACGACCUGAAGGCCCUGGACGAGGCUUUAGCCGAUCCCAACGUGUGCGCUUUUAUGGUGGAGCCGAUCCAGGGAGAGGCUGGUGUCGUCGUUCCCCAGGAAGGCUACCUGAAGAGUGUCAGGGAGCUUUGCACGAAACACAACGUGCUCUGGAUCGCCGAUGAGGUUCAGACCGGUCUGGCGAGGACCGGCAAGCGAUUGGCGGUCGAUCACGAGGGAGUGCGACCGGACAUCGUUAUCUUGGGAAAAGCGUUGUCCGGGGGAUUUUACCCGGUAUCCGGAGUUCUCGCCGACGACCAAGUAAUGCUCACUAUUAAACCCGGUGAGCACGGAUCGACCUACGGCGGUAAUCCUUUGGGUUGUAGGAUCGCCAUGGCUGCGCUUCAGGUACUGGAGGAUGAAAAACUAGCCGAAAACGCCCAGAGGCUGGGUGAAAUACUGAGAAAGAAGCUGGGCGAGCUGCCGAAAGAAAUCGUCAAGCUGGUCCGCGGGAAGGGAUUGCUCAACGCGAUCGUUGUCGCCGAUGGUUUUGACGCGAUGGAGAUUUGCUUGAAAUUCCGCGACGAAGGACUUCUUGCUAAACCCACACAUCGUCAAAUAAUCAGGCUGGCUCCACCGCUGGUUAUAAACGAAGAACAACUCGAGGAAUCGAUCGGUAUUAUAUCCAAAGUGAUCAACCAAUAUCAGAAAUAAUACAACUUCGAUUUAUACAAUAUACUCGCUCGAACGACUGAAUUAUAAUAUUUAACUUAUUCAAUUCAUGCAAAUGUAGGUAUAUGUAUAUGCGUGCAUGUGGUUUGUACAUUAAUGAAAUACUACAAUUUUAUAAUAAUUUUUUUUACUGCGAUCGAUUUUGACGACUCAAUAUUUGAUUUGAUGUCUCACCUCGACUUAUAUAUUAUCGAUAUAAAUAUCAAUACUGAAAUAACCGUUCGAAAAUAUUGAAAAUUGUACAUUUUCAAAUUGUGUAAUGGUUGUAUUUAAAGUAUCAUAUUACGCAUGAAAGUCCUGAGAAUGAUUCAUAGAAAGUUGAUAUGUACAAAAACUUUGAAGAAUAUUUAUAGAUUUAGUUCAUUACUUUACUUUUCGUGAUAUAUAUUUUGAAAAGAAAAUUUCAUAAUUGGUGCAUUAUCACAUUGAGAAACAUAAUUGAUGAUUGGUAAUACGGUAGUGAAAAAAACAAUAUUCCCGAUCAAAUUAUCUGUCGACCUUAGUCUCGUGUCCAAGAGAAUAAAAAUUCACUUUCAAGUAACAACAAACUUACGCGUACUCACAGCGAUAAAAGUUUAUCCCCGGUGUUUUGAAGCUGCCUAUUAUUUGCUGAACUGAGAACGAGUGCUAACAACAAUUGUGGCGUCUGUCGAGUGACAACGACGUUAAUCGUCCAGACGUCAAUACACGAAUACAGAAUUA